AGCCGGAGCUCGGUGUAAAGCUGGUUGGUUGGCACGGGCUGGUUGGUCGGUCGGUUCAUGGUAGCCAUGGCUCGAUUUGCUGCGCUACUGCUGUUACCGGUUCUCAUUGAAUCCGUCGUUUCAAUUUCUUUCUUUUUACCGGUCAACUCUAGAAAAUGCUUACGAGAGGAGAUCCAUAAAGACGUCCUGGUUACGGGGGAGUAUGAAAUCAGCGAGCAGGCGAACACCAAAACUAACCUGAAGAUCACUGACUCUUCCAGCCACACUCUUUACUCGAAGGAAGAUGCAACAAAAGGAAAGUUUGCCUUCACCACAGAGGACUACGACAUGUUUGAGGUUUGCUUUGAAAGCAAAUCACCCAUGGGAACAGGAAGAGUGCCUGACCAGCUGGUCAAUCUGGACAUGAAGCAUGGUGUCGAGGCCAAAAACUACGAAGAGAUUGCAAAGGUGGAAAAACUGAAGCCUCUGGAGGUUGAGCUCAGGCGACUGGAAGAUCUGUCUGAGUCCAUCGUCAAUGACUUUGCUUACAUGAAGAAGAGAGAAGAGGAAAUGCGGGAUACCAAUGAGUCUACAAACACACGCGUGUUGUACUUCAGUGUGUUCUCCAUGUGUUGUCUCAUCGGCCUGGCCACGUGGCAGGUCUUCUACCUGCGGCGCUUCUUCAAGGCAAAGAAGCUGAUCGAGUAGAUCGACUCAUCCGGCUGCUUCCCUCGAGGGACGCUGCCUCCCAGUCAGCAAACACAUCCCAGCAAUCCACUCUCCUUGGACUAGCUUCAACAAAACAAGCGGGGUUUAGGGGGCUCAACAUCUAGUUUUCAAAGCUCUGAGAGUAUCCAUGUUUCCAGGAAAAUAAGAUUUACCUGCUUGUUUAGUAGUUGGAAACAUGAAAACCCUGUAGGGAGAAAUGCUUUGUCAAACAUGGGAGAGAGAAAUUUCUUUCUACACUGUUUUUGAAUGUUACAGCUGACUGAAUAAGAUGGAUUUUGUUUUUCCAUCAACCCUUUGAAAAGUUGGUUUCUUUUUAUUUCUGAGCUCGGUCUGAGUGGAUGUGCCACAAGUGAAUGUCUGCCCUUCUGUUAAUGUACACAUUAUUUACAAGGCCACAUAAACUAAACACAUUUUUAUUAAGUGAAGGCUUUAAGAAACAUGGUGGGUUGUUCCUUUAAGACAAUUGGAACCACUGAACUUCUGUGUUGUCACUUAAACUACAUAUAUGUUCGGUAGCUAAAAUUAACUCUUUAGUUUGUUUUCAUAUUGUAAUUGCCACCUAGAUGCUUCUACUGGUAUCUUUCUUUGGAUUUUGCGGGGCGGGUGGGAGUUGAGUUUUCAGAUUGAUGUUCUCAAUUAUAAAUUCUCUUUAAAUUUUCGCAUGUUCAGAUGUUCUUUUGUUUUUGAACAUCCAUUAAAAGUAUCGAGGAACCAAUAUUCUU